UGGUGCUGCUCUUAUCACUCACAUUAUGCCAAUUACACGAGACCUCGGGUCGUCACAAUCACUUGAAAUUCAGACAUUUGAGACAUCGCAGACAGCACGGAGAAGGUUACGUCCCAAGUAGUUUCGUACCAGACAAUGAAGACCCAGAGGAGGGCCUCUGGGGUCCCUGGUCUGCCCCAUCCUCAUGCUCUCGCUCAUGUGGAGGUGGUGUUGCCCAUCAGUCGAGAAGAUGUCUCGACUUAGAUGACAAUGGGUAUGACCGGUGUACAGGUGCCAAAAGGCGGUUCUUCUCCUGUAAUAUUCAGCCUUGCUCCAACACGACAGACUUCCGUGGUGAACAGUGUGCCGAAUUCAACACAGUGCCAUUCGAGGGUGUAUUUUAUGACUGGAUACCGUACACCGGUGGAGCAAACAAGUGUGAGCUCAACUGCAUGCCAAGGGGUGAGCGGUUCUUUUACAGACACAAACUCACUGUAAUCGACGGUACGCCCUGCGAUGCUGAAAAAAAUGAUGUUUGUGUCGAGGGAAAAUGUUUGCCUGUGGGGUGUGACAUGAUGUUAGGAAGUGACGCACGUGAAGAUGCCUGUAGAGAAUGCGGUGGUGACGGCUCCGAUUGUAAUACAGUAAACGGUCUGUUUGACACAGAUGACCUACAAGGCGGGUACGUCGACAUUCUUCUUAUUCCUGAGGGUGCAACUAAUAUCGUUGUGAAGGAAGCAUCCCCCUCAAAUAAUUACCUCGCAAUUCGAAACACGUCCGGUCAUUACUAUCUCAAUGGUAACUGGAGAAUUGAUUUUCCAAGGAGUUUGAGAUUCGCCGGUACUGUAUUCCAUUACGCCCGAGAUCCACAGGGUUUCUCAGCGCCGGACACUAUCACUACCCUGGGACCAACAACCGAGGCAAUUUAUAUAGUCCUUCUCUACCAAGAUCACAAUGUCGGUGUGCAGUAUGAGUACAGCAUACCGAAGAAAUUUUCGCCUCAAGGGAAUCCGGAUAGUUACACGUGGACUGCUGAUGAAUUCUCUGAGUGCAGUGCUACUUGUGGAGGCGGAUUUCAAUCAAGACUUGUCAACUGCGUGCGUCGUCGUGACAACGAGCCUGUAGAUGAAAAUCUCUGUGAUCCUCAACUACAGCCUAUUGCCACUCAAUCUUGCAAUGAGGUAUCUUGUCCACCUGAGUGGAUCUCAAGUGAAUGGGGAUCCUGUAGCAAACAGUGCGGCGACGGUGGUGAGCGUCACAGAGAGAUCAGAUGCCAGCAGAUCGUGGUCGGUGGUAUCCCAGCUAUCAUCGACGAUUCAGCUUGUGUCGAGAAAGUUGGAGCGAAGGGUGAGACCACCCAGGAAUGCAACAGGAAUGUAACGUGUCCCCAGUGGCACUUGGGCCCUUGGAAACCGUGCGAUCAUUUGUGCGGAGAAGGUAAGCAAACGCGUAAAGUGACUUGUUUCAAGAAGAACGAAGACGGAAAAAUUGAAGUCUUGGAGGAUUCGGCGUGCGAGGGUGAGGUACCGGAGAAAGAGAAAUCCUGUGAAUUACGUCCUUGCGCUGGACUCGAUUGGGUCACCUCUCAGUGGAGCGGGUGCGACGAAAAAUGCGGCUUAACUCAGGAAACGCGUACAGCACAUUGUGCUACACAAGAUGGUACAGUCUACCCGGACGACAAAUGCGAUCCGGAGAAGAAACCUGAAUUGACGCGUGAAUGCGAGCAUUCACAAGGAUGUGACUAUCAGUGGUAUGCGACUCAGUGGAGCGAGUGCUCAGCGAAAUGUGGCACAGGGGUUCAAACGCGAAAAGUUUUCUGUGGAACAUUCGAGGACGACGUAACAUUGAAGAAAGUGGAAGACGAGAAGUGCGCUGCUGAGAAUCGUUACAACGAUACCAAAGAAUGUACUGGAAUAGUGACGGAAUGCAAGGGUGAGUGGUUCGCUGGACCAUGGAGUGAGUGUACAAAACCUUGUGGCGUUGGUGAUCGUACCCGUAAGGUCAUCUGCAUGAAGGACAACAUGGUUGUAUCAUUAUCCAAUUGCGAUGCAGAUACGAUAAUGUUCAGCAAUGAGGAGUGUAACAAACAGCCCUGCGAUGAGGACCAAGUGAUUCCUGUGGCCGUGAGUGAGCCAACUCCUCCUACCGAUGAAGAGGACGACUGUUUGGUUUAUGAGGAUGAGGAGUUUGUUACGUCUUCAUUAAGUUUGGGUGAUGGUGAGACAGGAUCGACACCAUCAGCCGUUUCUGGCGACACAGAUAGCACUGCAGUUACCGAUGAUAUGAUGAGCGAUAGCCCUCGGGGGGAUAUUUCACCAUUGGACGAUGGAAGUGGUUACACCAGUGGUUGGGGAAGUGGUGAUGGAGAGUUCACAUUAUUCAGUUCAAUCUACACUGAAAGCUCGAUCGUAGACAUUGAUCUGUCGACGCCGGAGGGUAGUGGUUCAACUGAUGACACGUCCAGUGUAAUAGAUACAGAGAUGACGGAGAUCACAGGGAUCUCAGGUAGUGGAGAAACUGGUGGAACUUCUGAGUCGAACGAUAUUCCGGAGAUCACAGAAUCUUCUACAAGCGAACAGUCGACUGAAGGCUCUGCGUCGACUGAAUCUGUUGGAAUUUCCGAAUCUGCCAGUUCCGAAGGAACGACUGAGGUAUCAGGCAUUACUGAGUCUUCAGGUGAUAGUGAAGCUUCAGAAUCAAGUACGCAGUCGUCAGCCGUUACGGAAACCCCAAGUGAAGAGACGACUAUAUCAGGGUCUUCUGAUUCAUUAUCUACCACUUCGUCUGACUCUUUGACUGAAUCUUCGACUGACUCUUCUGCUGAGUCUUCAUUUGAGGCUUCAUCGACGCCUUCGUCUGACUCUUCAAGUGAGUCUUCAGUUGACACUUCAUCGACGUCUUCGUCUGACUUUUCAACUGAGGCUUCAUCUGAUUCUUCACCAUCAGCUUCGGAAUCUAGCGAAGAAACUACAGUAGAAUUGACUACCGCUUCAGACACUUCAGACAUUACCACAGCUUCUUCUGACUCCGGUAGUGAAGAAACGACUGUCUCUUCAUCCGAAUCUACCGAUGCUUCUCAGUCGACUGAAACUACAGAGACGGUCACCACUGAAUCUACAGAAACUACACCAUCUUCUGAAACUGAAUCUACCGUAUCUGAAAUGACUGAAUCUACUGUAACGGAAGUUUCUCAAUCGAGCACAGAAUCUAGUACAGAUAUCAGUACAACGGAAAAUUCAUUCUCAAGUUCGACAGAGGCCAUUACUACUUCCUCCAGCACUGAGCUUCCAUUCACAAUCGAUCAGCCGAUAGGAGAGUAUGAUCCUGAUGAAUCGGAGAAUAUUGACGAGGCUGAAAAGACAGGUGAGUCCGAUGACACCACAACGAUUUCAACGGACGGAGUAACAGACUUGCAAUCAACCUCCGAAUUUUCUACUGAGUCUGAAGGAUCGACUACCGAAUCGUCAACCAUAUCCGAAAUUGACGAAACCACUGGGUCCACCAUAUCAACUCAAUUCUCGGAAACUACAGAUUCUUCCCAAACAACUGAAUCCGGAGGGACAACGGAGACUGGAGAGACUACAGUAUUUUCGGAGACUACAGAAUUGUCUACAGAAAUUUCGGAAUCCACCGUGACAACAGAAUCAGGUUUGACGACUGAGAGUGAAACUGAAGGAUCGACAGUAUCUGGGCAGACCACUGUAUCGGGAGACACUACAGUGUUUGAAGAAAGUACACAAUCUGGAGAAACUACAGUGUCUGGAGAAACGACAGUGUCUGGAGAAACGACAAUGUCUGGAGAAACUACAGUAUCUGGAGAAUCCACAGUAUCUGAAGAAACAACAGUGUCCGAGGAAAUCACAGAAUCUGACCUCCCGACGGAAUCAGGUGAGACGACUGUGUCAUCAUCGACCGACGAGACAACCACCGAAGAAGAGGAGACAGACCUCACCGAGAAAUCCUCGAUCCUCGAUAUCUUCGGAACAGUUAGUCCAGUUGACAUCGCCAUAUCUAAAGAACAAAAAAUGCGCAAGUGCAAAGUCCGAAGGAAGAAGACGUGCAAGGCAUCGGCAUUCGGUUGCUGCUAUGACGGCGUCACACCGGCGAAGGGGCCCUUUGGAAAAGGCUGUCCAACACCCGAGACCUGCGAUGAAACUAAAUACGGCUGUUGUCCUGACGGCGUUUCAGUGGCAGCUGGACCGAAGAACGAGGACUGCCCGUCACAACACUGUAACGAAACUCUCUUCGGUUGUUGCCAAGACGGCGUCACACCGGCUGAGGGUAACGACUUCGAGGGCUGCAAGAAGCCCUGCAACGAGACUGAAUUCGGUUGUUGUCCAGAUAAAGAAACCCCAGCACUUGGACAGGACAAUCUUGGUUGUUGCAAUGUCACUGAAUACGGUUGUUGUCCUGACGGCAUCAGAGUGGCGACCGGACCUGACGGUAAAGGCUGCGAGGAAGAAGUCACUGAAGAGACUGAAUGGACUGACGUCUCAGGAGAACAAAUGUCGACUACACCAUCAAUGCAAGAAGACUGCAACAACUCCACGUACGGAUGCUGUCCAGAUGCCCACACAGCAGCUACCGGAAUCAACUUCGAAGGUUGUGGAGUUAUUAAUCUCGACAACUGCACAGUCUCGUACUUCGGCUGUUGUCCAGAUAACGUCACAGCGGCACUCGGGGAUAACGAGGAAGGAUGCCAUGGAAGCUGCGAAACAACUACUUACGGAUGUUGUUCAGACAAAACAACUCCAGCCCAUGGGCCGAACGCAGAAGGCUGUUGUCUCACGUCGGCCUACGGCUGCUGUCCAGACAACAUUCAACCGGCUAGAGGACCCGACAAUUACGGCUGUGGCUGCGAAUACAGUAGAUUCCGCUGUUGCCCUGACAACACAACCGCGGCGAGAGGACCAAACAACGAAGGAUGCGGCUGUCAAUAUACGCAACACGGUUGCUGUCCAAAUCGCUUCACACCAGCCACCGGACCGAACUUCGAAGGCUGUCACUGCUACACUUAUCAAUUCGGCUGCUGCCCGGAUGGCGUCACCAUUGCAAAAGGACCUCACAAUCAUGGCUGCGGCUGCGAAAAUACUCAGUUCAAAUGCUGUUCAGACGGUCAAACACCCGCCAAGGGGCCCAACUUCGCAGGAUGCACCUGUGACGCUUCGAAGUUUGGCUGCUGUCCCGAUGGCAUCGACGAGGCACAGGGUCAAAACUUUGAGGGCUGCAGAACUGUUCCAGCUGUACCUGGGGCUGCCUGCGGUCUUGACAGGGACAGAGGAUCCUGCCGAGAAUUCACCGUCAAAUGGUUCUUCGAUACUAAAUACGGAGGCUGCUCCAGGUUCUGGUACGGUGGAUGUGAUGGCAAUGACAAUCGGUUUGCCACACAGGAGGAAUGUAAGGAUGUGUGUGUCACACCCAAAGGGAAAGAUAUCUGCACUCUGCCUAAAAGUGCUGGACCCUGUCAGGGGUAUCAUCCUACGUGGUACUACGAUGCUGAGAGGAAACAGUGUGGACAGUUUAUCUACGGUGGCUGUCUUGGAAAUGCCAACAAAUUCAAGACCCGGGAGGAGUGCGAGGCUCUUUGUGUUGUUCCAGAUGAUGCCAAUCCUUGCGAACUUGAACAAGACGUCGGACCCUGUCAAGGCAACUUUACCAAGUGGUUCUUUAAUAAAGAGUCCCAAGCUUGCGAACAAUUCCGGUACGGCGGCUGCAAAGGGAAUACCAACAAGUUUCCGACUGAGAGUGCUUGUCAACAGCAGUGUCUUCAGCCUGGACACAGCCGAGAUUCAUGCUCGUUACCACGAGCGGAGGGUAACUGCGGCGAGAAACUAUCGAGAUGGUUCUUUGAUCAAUCCGAAAACAGAUGCAUGCCGUUCUAUUACACUGGAUGCAGUGGUAAUAGAAAUAACUUUGAGUCUAGAGAAGCAUGUGAGAAAGAUUGUCCACCAAAGAUUGAACAAGACAUUUGUCUUCUUCCUGCGCAACUUGGUGAGUGCCACAAUUAUACUCAGCGCUGGUACUUUGACUCUUACGAGAAACACUGCAGACAAUUUUACUACGGCGGUUGCGGCGGUAACGAGAAUAAUUUCGUUAAUGAGGACGAUUGUAUGAAUCGUUGCGAAUCACCGAGUGCCACUCCCCCAUCCCAUCCUCGGCCAUUUUCACCAGUCAUGUGCUUCCUCCCUGACGAACGAGGCCCCUGCAGUAAUAAUGAAACAAAAUGGUUCUACGACUCCAGAGAUGGAAUCUGUAAACAAUUUGUUUAUGGCGGAUGCGCUAGCAAUGGAAAUAAAUUCGAGUCGAGAGAGGAGUGCGAGUAUCGCUGUGGAGAAGUGCAAGAUGUCUGCAGUAUGCCAAAAAUCAUCGGUCCCUGCAGUGGCUCUGUUAUUCAAUAUUAUUACGAAAGGAGCACAGACACUUGCGAGGAGUUCGAGUACAGUGGCUGUGACGGCAACAGAAAUCGUUUCCAAAAUCGCGUCGAGUGCGAGGGCAAGUGUCAAAGGCGGCCUAAACCGUAUAAACCAACUGAAUCAACUCCAGUGGAAGUUGUUCCCAGUAGUCCAAUCUGCAUGGCUCCAGCUGAUGCUGGUCCUUGUCGUGGUGAUAUCACUACUUAUUACUACGACUCUGUAUCAAAGAGGUGUCAAGCAUUCAUCUAUGGUGGAUGCGGAGGAAAUGCCAACAGAUUCCAGACCGAAGAGCAGUGCGAGCGUCUUUGUGGGCGAUUCCAAGGCCAAGACAUGUGCAAUCAACCGGUGGAUUCUGGUCCAUGUCGUGGCGCUUUUCCCAAAUUCUACUAUGACCCGAGUGCACGUGCGUGUCGUCAAUUCUUCUACGGAGGUUGUGACGGUAAUGCCAACAGAUUCAGCACACAACCAGAGUGCGAGUCGGUUUGUAUUCAUCGGGAGGAGCCCGUCCCUGCCGGAAACGACACUGCCCUCUCUCAUCUCGAAAUCUGUCGAGAACAAGUGGACGUGGGUUCCUGCCCGAGUGGUAGUUACAAGCGUUUCUACUUCGACGAGGAACGUCAAACUUGCAUGGCAUUCGUUUACACUGGUUGUGGUGGUAACCGUAACAGGUUCAAGACCUUCGAGUCUUGUAUGCACAUGUGUUACAGAACGAGCAACGAAAUAGACGUGGGUAACAAGAAUCCAUCGAAGGAUCCGUGCGCGGAGGCGAGGGACGAGUGCAGUCAGAUGCGUUGUCCCUACGGAAAGGAAGAGUUCGUCGAUGAUCAGGACUGCGGCAGAUGCCGAUGCGUCGACCCAUGCAGAUCCGUUUCUUGCCCCGACGACACAAGAUGUUCGAUUAUCCUCGGAGCCUCUUCAGAGGGUGGCACCGAAUACAAAGGGGAGUGUCGACCUGUGACGAAAGUUGGAAAUUGUCCAGUCGUUUCAAACAGCACUAGGUGUGAACAAGAGUGUCGCGAUGAUGCCGACUGCCCUGACGAGAGGAAGUGCUGCAACAACGGCUGUGGAACUUCGUGCCUCGAAUCUCCUCAAGAACCAGCUGAACCAACCCCUGCACCGUACAUCACAAUUCCUCCUUAUGGUGGUGAACCGGCGGCUAUUGAAACACCAGAGGAGCCACAAGUCUCUGCGGAAGAGGGUGGAAUGGUCAUCAUGACCUGUAUUACUAGUGGAGAUCCAAAACCAAUCAUCACUUGGAAAAAGAACUCGCAAGUUAUCCAAGAGGCUGAAGACCGAAAAAAAAUUCUUGUUGAUGGUUCUCUACGAAUUACAAAUCUCUACACUACAGAUGGAGGUGUUUACAUCUGCAUAGCUGACAAUGGGCUUGCACCACCAGCGAGGAUAGAGUACAGAUUAGACAUUAUAGAACCGCACGAACACUCGACGGCUAUUGUUGGUGAGCAGAAUGUACACGUGACUGUGGCAAUGAACUCCCCAACAACUUUGUACUGUUACGCAAUGGGUUGGCCAAGGCCGGCUGUCACCUGGUGGCACGGUGACAGAAUGCUACCCCUGCACUCUGAAAAUUACGAACAGAAUCCUGAGUAUUCGCUUCUCAUUCGAUCGGUCACUAUUACCAAUCUUGGGGUUUACACUUGUCAGGCGUUCAAUGGAAUUGAACGUCCAGCUUCUUGGUCUGUCGUACUUCAAGCAAUUGGACCGGUUUACAAUGUCAAACCUGAGCAUAUGGAAUUUGUCAAGUAUUUAGUUCAACCACCGAGGGCCCCUCCUACUGAUCGCCCUCAGUAUCCUUACAGACCAGCUAGGACUCAAGCGCCUGAAUAUAAUAUCACUUACGCACCGAUUUAUCCAACUAUUGCACCUCCCUAUGUUCCACUUCCGGUUAUUCCUCUUACUGAAUCACCACCUGCUAGAUUCAAAGUGCCAGUGGCUGUUAACGUAUCAACAUCGGGAAGUGAAUUCCCAGUGGGAAGUGAAAUCAGUAUUGGUUGUACUGUCGAUGGAUAUCCAAUCCCUAGAGUUUUAUGGUUCAAAAACGAUGAUUUAAUUCGCACUGACGGACGAGUUACGAUUUCUGAGGCUAAUAGACUCAUGAUUACGAAUGCAGGCUACAACGAUACUGGAAGGUAUCGAUGCGAGGCUGCCAAUGAAUACUCGAGUGAUUCAGCUGAAUUAGACAUAAACGUAUCAGGAAUCUACAUCCACCCAGAUUGCCAGGACAACAGUUUCUUUGCGAAAUGUGAUCUAAUCGUGAAAGCGAAAUACUGUCAGCAUCAGUACUAUGCCAAAUUCUGCUGUAGAUCGUGCACAGAAGCCGGUCAACUUCCACCAACAGGUCCGCACUUAUCGAAAUUAACCAGAAGAAAACGGUCAGUUAAAUCAUUCUUCUAACUCCCCACACGAGAACCAUUCCGUUCGGUAAAUCCAAUUAGAAACCAUCAAUCGGGAAUUUUUCCACUGAGAAAAUCAUUCCGAAUAAUAGAGAAACCGAACACGGUUGAGUCUCGUUCACUGCCAAAGCCUUAGAACGUUUAUUCAUAGCUACUUCUAAAAUACGGAAUCAAACUUUUUUUUUUCUCGAAAUUUUUAUCGUGGGGGAUGACUUUUUCAUUGGGGAGCAUCGAGAAUGUAUCGAUGUAUACACGAUUUGACGCUGAUCAACUAGUCGAUAAGGUGCCGACAAGUCCCUCACUGAUGAUAAACUCUGUUGACGGUGGAUUGUUUUCAUGAUUUAAAAAAAAAAAUCAAACUCUUUUUGCUACAUAACUCAUAACUUCGGUUCGCGGUAAAAAUUCUUCGCUUCUCAUUAGCUAUUUCAGUUUCUUCAUUGCAAUGCGACAGAGUAAUAUCGAAUAUCUGCUGAAUGAAAGACAGUACGUACUUUAAAUACGUUAUAUUGUAUAUGAAUAUAGUUUAUCUUGUACGUUAUAAACAGUUGAUACUCCCCUAAUAAUUAAUAGUAAUAAUUUUUCAUAAUUUUUUUACAACAUUGAAGUAUCAAAAGAGUCUGUGGACUUUCAGUUCUUCCCCUCGAAUCAAAAUAUCAUCAUGUACAGAUUUAUUUAAAACCGAAUGAACAGGCGAAGCAUUUAUUAUCUUUAUAAAUUCCAUAAUGCAUUUAUAAUUAUUCGUAAGUGUAAUCCAGCAAUUUAUCAGGUGAAUAAGAAAAUUUUUAGAGUAAAGUGUAGUUGUUUAGACAGUACCAAAAGCAUUUAUUAAUGUUAAGUAAUUCUAAUAUCAAUUCAUAUCUCGUAAAUCGUCAGGAUGAUAAUUGUUGGUGGGUUUUUCUGAUGAGAAAAAUGAGGGAUAAAUUGCAGCCCUCUUCAUCAUUAAUCCCCGAUGUUUCAGUCAGAGUUUGAAAUGAACUCAGAGUGCCUUAAAAUUUAUCGAUAUCCUCAUCGAGAACAGUGUUAGGACCACUAUCAUUGUAAAAAUUCUUCAAUCCACAUUUAUUUGUCGUUGAGGAAUUUCUUUGUACAUUAGAUUCCCUGAUGUUUGCUUUCCUUCCACUUUUCUAGUUAUUUUUAAUUCUUAAUGAAUACACUUGGGAACAUACCUCGCAUUAAUUGAAGGUCAUUUAUUUGAAAGUACUUAGGAGAUUACGAUUCGAUAAAUUGUUGAAUGAACGAGUAAGAUACUCAUGAGAUUACCAUAGAAGAGAUUAAAUAGAAAUAAGAAAUUCACUAUCUCCCAUUCAUAUCUUUCAGACUUAUCAAUUCCAA